AUGUACGCUUCGGGCUACGACCAGUCCUCGUCGCGCUCGCCCAUUGCCCAACGAAACCAACCCCAGACUGGCACGCUGCACCGCAUGCCUUCCCGCCAGUUCGACGCCUACGGCCAAGUGCCGCAGGGCAACAACAUGUACGCGCAAGACGACCAUCAACGGACCUACGACCAGCCUCGCAACUACGAGCGCCUCAACCAGACAAUGCACGCCGGCGGCUACGGCUACGACAUGGGCGCGCCCCAGGGCUGGAACACCAACGCCUUCUCCCAGAACGGCGGCCUGGGAUCGCUUGGGGGAGCCCAGGCUGCACGCAUGAAGUCGCAGCAGCGCGGAGGAGGGCGCAGUGCCCUGCCAUCGGGAUGGAUGGACCAGCAGCCUCAGGGUCUGCCUAGCUUUGCUCUGAGCAACAGCAACCUCAACGCCAUGCAGAACACGAGCUACGGCCACGAAGUCGAUGAAGAGCUCAUCCCCACCGCCAUUGUCAUCAAAAACAUUCCCUUUGCCGUCAAGAAGGAGCAGCUCGUCUCGCUCAUGACGGAACUGCGCCUACCCCUGCCCUAUGCCUUCAACUACCACUUCGACAACGGCGUCUUCAGAGGUCUGGCUUUUGCCAACUUCACCACCGCCGAGGAGACGGCGGCCGUCAUCGAGUCGAUGAACCACUUUGAGCUCAAUGGCCGGAAGUUGCGUGUCGAAUACAAGAAGAUGCUGCCGCUGGCCGAGCGCGAGCGUAUCGAGCGGGAGAAGCGUGAACGUCGUGGACAGCUCGAGGAACAACACCGGCCCCUCGGUGGCGGUCUCCAAUCGCAGGCCUCGUUUGGCUCCCUUGCUUCCCACAUGCCAGCUACAUCGCCUUCGCCUGUUUCAGCCAUGCGAGGUGGAUCGGCACAGAAGACUGUUGAUGUCGACCUAAAUGACCCACAAGUGCUGCAAUUCUACACUCAGCUGCUUUUGUUCAAAGAGACGAAGGACCGCGAUAGCAUGACCUUCCCCCCGAACCUAGCCCCUCUCCAGCGCCGCACCGUCCACACCCUAGCCCACCAGCUCGGUCUGGCCCACGUAUCCAAAGGUACUGGCGACCAGCGCCAAGUCCACAUUUUCAAAGUCCAUGACAACCAGGGCCUCAGUCCCCCCAUGCCCCAGAUCUCCAGCAACCACAUGGAGCAGCCGCGCCGUAACCUUAACCGUGCAGCGACUACUGACUUCAGCGAUGUGCGCGCCGAAGGCGGCUUCUACAACGCCUUCAAUAGACAGCCAUCCGGUCUCCUCGGAUUCCCCGACAGCCCCGGUGGUUUGAACGCAGUACCUAACCUGCGCGGCGCAAAGUCAUAUGCGGAUCUGAGGUCGUAUACCCCGUCCCCGGCGCCGAGCACCGCUAGCCAUCCGAUCGGACGCCCCGGUGGAAUAUCACUCGAAGGAUUGGGAUACAGUGGAAGUUCGACAAAUCCUAAUGGUACACCUACGACUGGAUCCAUGAGCCAGCGGGAUGAUGGUUUGUUGGAGCGCGAAAUGAGCCGCAUGCAGCUUGGGGGUGGGUAUCCGCAGAACAGCAGCAGCCCAAGGUCUCUGCGCCAGAUGACGAGUUGGGAUGCUCCGGGUCCCAUUGGUGGACAUAGGUCCUUCAGCACAAACUACGAUGAUAGACCAUCCAGGCAACCUCGUGGACCGCUUCCAGAAAGGGGCCAGGGAUUUGGAAGACCAAGACAGAACGGACACCAGAACCGCAACUCUGACGAGCUCUCGUCACAGUCCAAUGUCGAAAUCCUCGUCGGCCAAUAG